ACUCUGUGUGUGUGUGUGUGUGUAGGAGGGAAGGAAGGAAGGAAGGGGGACGAUUGUUGGGCGGACGCUGCGCGAGGCCUCGGCGGGAGAGACAGAGACAAGACGCACGGACACAGACCGACCGAGCGAGAGGGGGAGAGAGAGAGGGGGGAAUGGACGGGGCUCAGAGCAAGAGCUUGGACGGCGCCAGCUCGGUGCUGAGCAGCGUGGCCGAGGUGGUGGAGAGGAUCAUGCUGUUCCUGCCGACGAAGUCCUUGCUUGGGAGCGCCAGAGUAUGCAGGCUAUGGAGAGAUUGUGCUCGUAGGGUGAUCCGGAUGCAUCAAAAGCUGUCUUGGAUUUCUGCGAAAGGCCUGUCUGAUCUAGACGAUGAUGAUGGUGAUCAUUUUUUGGUGAAGAAAAUGAUUACUGAUCUUGAAGACGUGUAUGUUCUACCACAGACAGUGCUGUACAUGACUGGCACAGACACCUUCAGUUCUCGCAGAAGGAGGAAAGAGAGGAAGAAUGAUGUACCAAAGAGAAAUAGAGAUGCUGAAGUGGCAGCAGAAGUGGAGCGCUUACUGCCCAUCGAUUGCAAGGCUGUGGGGUUCAGCGCACCUGGGAUUGUCUACACUCCUAUGGGAUGUGGCAGAGAGCGACCCCGGGAGGAGGAAGAUGGAACAGCAGGAUUUGCUCUUCUCUUGCCCAAAAUCGAAGGAGUAACAAUCAAGUUCUUCCACUUUUCAAACAAAAAUUUGAAAGAUAAAGCUUUUGAUCAAGAAAAGCUCCGAGAUGCAGGCCUUCAAGAUAACCCUGAUCUGCGUGCAGUUCUCCUGUUUGGUUACAACACAAUGAAAGAAGCAGCAACCAACUUUCUGCAGCGACUAACACAACAAUUCAGCGUAAAGAGCACAGUUGUAGCUGGAGGCCACAUCGACAGAGUAUUCUCGCCUCGUAGUGAAAGGAUUGACGUCCAUCACUCCUAUGGUUUUGUCGGGCUGGCGUUCAGUGGAAGACCAAUUCAGGCAGCAUCAGUUCUGCUAGGAGAGGACGUUGAUACGCCAGAAAGCGUGGAAGCAGCGAUGCAGCGCCUCAAAGCAGCCAACAUACCAGAGAGCAACACGGUUGGCUUCAUGUUUACCUGCAUUGGUCGGGGUCAGGAUUACUACUCCAACAAGGAGAAUGUGGAAGCCGACGCCUUCCGGAAGCAGUUUCCAACCAUUCCUUUAUUUGGGUUUUUCGGUAACGGUGAAAUUGGAUGUGACCGCAUUGUUACAGAAAACUUUUCUCUGCGGGAAUGCUCUAAUUCCAAAGAUUGCAAUGAACUUUUUCAUGAUUAUACUACAGUAAUGGCACUUAUCCACCUGGGACCAGUUAAAUAAGAGACCCAAUGAGGCAAUCAGUGUGCAACUUAAUUUAGCCAAUGCCUCAUAUAGAUUUACACCUAAGCUGGUGUUUCUAUCUUUCAUCUGUUCGAGAACCUUUGAACCAAGUGUAUUGAACUGUUUUAACACAAAGCCCAAGGAUGUUUUAUGAGAUAGGCCAGCAAAGUUAGAUUUUAAAUAUAAAUAGGAAACUUUAAUUAAAUAAUCAAUCACCUGUUUGUAGCAAUGGUAUACAAUUUCUAUGCUUUCAGAUUAGUUGGUCUGUAGAUUUGGAUAAAGUGUUUAAUUUUUGUACAAAGAACAAGUUGGAUAGACAAGUGAUCACAAAUUAAUAUUUUUUUUUAAAAAGCAUUUUAAAAACAUUGAUCCAAAGUAUUGUCUGGAAUAAGGGCAGAUACAGUGAUUGGGAUUAAUGUUUGCAAUGUGAUCUCCAUGACCCUUUCACUGCUUGAACAAAGGAUACCCUCAAACCAAACAACUGUGUUUGCAGCCAGACUGUGAGUGUGUGUGGUGGAGCAGGAGCGAGCACGAGUAAGUUGGCGGAUGAAUGAGUCUGUGUGGAAUUGGCAGAAACAGGAAAUCACAGCAGAUGAUCUGAAAGAGCAAGGCUGAUGCAGGGUCAUACCUGAAAUGUUAACACAUUUUCCUCUUUCAAGUGCUGAGCGACCUGCUGUGCACUGCUCGCAUUUCUGCGUUUGCACAUUUCCAACAUUUGCAGUUUUUCUUUUUAUCUCGGCAUAAUUGUAGAGGUCGUGUAACCUGGCAUAAGUGACCUUGAGCCUAUAGGAUAUAAUCAUCUUUCCAGUGUUUUUGUGAUGUGGAUGUUUUAGUAAUGCAUACUCUUUUAAUGCAACAGCUUACAGAGCAAUUUAUCUGCAGUAACAUUUGUUGAACGACUUUCCAACGUGAAGGGCGCUAUACAAGUGUAAUUUGUUGUUGUUGAAUCUCUUUUAAGAAUCGAAUAAAAAGCAGUUCCUCGAACA